AUGCUAUACCAACAAAGACUCCCACUUCUAUCUAUAAAUCCUCCUCCUCCACCUUCUAACAAUUUUCUUAUUCCCUCUCUUUCUUUUCCUCUUUUGGUUCUUGGUCUGGCUUUCAAACUUUUCCAUUUGCUCUCUAUCUACAGUCUUUCUAUUUUCCAUCAUGUUUUUAUGCUUCUAAAGUAUUCGUUUCAUUGUAUUCUUCUUUGUCGUGUCUUCAAUAACAUCAAUAAUUUUCUCUUUUCUUGUGUUCACCGUCAUCAAGAAAGUCACAUGGAUUUUGUUUUUACCUUGUUUCCUUCCUAUCAUUUGCUUUUUUCUCUGUACACAAUAUUUUUUCGGGUCCUUUGUACAUUUUCCUCCUUUUUCGUCAUCCAUGUAAUUGGCCUUUUUUUCCAUCCACUUUCUCCUUACUUUUUCGAAACUCUCACCUCCUCCCCCCCUCUUCUGAGUUUUCUUUUCUCCUUUCAAUUUAAUCACAUAUUUUUAUAUAAUCUUUUUGAUGAUCUCAUUUAUUUCAUUCUUUAUUUUCUUUACAACAUAUUUUACUCCUCAGUUCCAUUAGUUUUUAUCUUUUUCUUCCUUAUAUCUUUCAUAAUUAUACUAGUUUUCCUUUUCACCUUUACUUUACUCUUUCUUUUUUUUUACUGUUAA